AGCACCGUACAGGAGGGUAGGGUCGGAAGCUUCUUCACCACCGCCACCGAUUCUUGCUGUUCUUGUGACACCACGAAAUGAGCUGCUGCAGCAACAUCUCCUUUAAUCGUCUCUUCUCACCGGGACCAUCUUCCUUCAUCUCCUCCUCUAAACCAUGCCGGUUGAGAUCCAAUAAUUUUCGGAUAUUUUUCUAUUCUAAUAGCAGGAGGAAGCAAAAAUCUUAUUCAUCCCAGUCAUGAUCGCGGCAGAAAGCUUCUUCCCUCAGGAUAUGCCGGGGAGUUCAGGCGGAGGCUGGUUCCGGAAUGACGGCGGCGGCGGCGGCAAUGGAGGGUUCAAAAGUGGGGAAGAGGACUGAUUUGAAGAAAAUCACGAUCCUGGGGCGGGACCGAUUGUGAUUCGGCAGGCGUGCUGGCACUGGUGGUGACAUUGCAUAUAACAAGGAGGAGUUUGAGGACAUUUGUAAAGCGGGAUUGGCUGGGAGCUGAACUUCACUGGUUCUGGUGGAGAAAUCUUUGUUGGGGUGGAAAGAAUAUGAGCUUGAGGUGAUGAGGUAUUUGGCUGAUAAUGUUGUGAUUAUAUGUUCUAUUGAGAAUAUUGAUCCAAUGGGGGUGCAUACAGGGGAUUCUAUUACAGUGACACCGGCGCAGACACUAACAGAUAAGGAGUAUCAGAGGCUGCGUGAUUGUUCAAUUAAGAUUAUCGAGGAGAUUGGAGUGGAGUGUGGGGCUCCAAUGUUCAGUUUGCACUUAAUCCUGUGGAUGGAGAGGUGAUGGUGAUUGAGAUGAACCCUAGGGUCUCAAGGUCCUCUGCUUUGGCUUCAAAAGCUACAGGGUUUCCUAUAGCUCAAAUGGCUGCUACGUUAUCUGUUGGAUACACUUUGAAUCAGAUUCCGAAUCCCCUGCUAGUUUUGAGCCUUCCAUUGAUUAUGCGGUCACCAAGAUCCCACGGUUUGCAUUUGAGAAGUUCCCUGGUUCUCAACUAAUAUUGACAACCCAGAUGAAGUCUGUUGGUGAAGCCAUGGCUCUAGGCCCUUACAUUUCAAGAAUCUUCUCAGAAAGCUGUUCGGACAUUGGAGUGUGGCUACUCUGGAUAGGGUUGUGGAAAGGUUAAGGAGCUUGACUGGGACUGGGAACAACUUAUGUACAGUCUCCGAGUCCCUAGCCCCAAUUGUAUUCAUGCCAUCUGUGUGGCAAUGAAGAAAGGGAUGAAAGUGGAUGGGAUUUAUGAGCUGAGUUUGAUUGACAAAUGGUUCCCGACGCAGCUUAAAGAGUUGGUAGAUGUGGAGCAAUUUCUUCUAGCCUGAGGUUUGUCUAAUUUGACAAAGCAUGAUUUUUAUGAAGUCAAGAAAAGAGGCUUCAGUGACAAGCAGAUAGCUUUUGCGGCCUAGUCAUCAGAAAAAGAAGUCCAGGCAAAGCGAAUAUCAUUGGCAAUUAUGCCAUUUGGAGGUCAAACACGGUCAAAGCUGGCUCUCCCCAUCCAGUAGUACUUGGAUGAGCACAAACUUUUAUCUGCCAGUGGGGCUGGUCAUGUGCGCAUCUGGCAUACAUCACUGGAUUCCAUUGAUGCAGCUGAGGACAGAGAGAGGUUCAAUGCAAUUCUUAAGGAGUUAAACAUUGAGCUGCCAGAAGGAGGUAUUGCCAAGAGCAAAGAUGAUGCUUUUGCCAUUGUGUUGGAUCUGCCCAAUAGUGUUGUGACCCUCUUAUGUGUUGGGUGGCUGUGCUAUGGAGAUUGUGUGUUCUGAUGAAAAGCUUGUGACGUACCUAGGGAAUGCAAUUGAGGUGGAUCCAGAACGUCCUGUAUUGAUUGACAGGUAUUUAUCUGAUCUGAUUGAGAUUGAUGUAGAUGUGCUUGCUGAUUCAUACGGUAAUGUGGUCACUGGGGGAAUAAUGGAGCACAUCAAGCAGGCUGGUGACCAUCCCAUCUUCUUGUUUGGACAUUAUAAGGUUAUGGACUACAAAAUUGACGAGGAGCCUAGAUGUGUGUGGGCUCAUGAACUGUCAGUUCGCAAUCACAACAUCUGGGGAGGUUUUCUUGCUUGAGGCAAAUCCUUGUGCUUCGCAUACUGUACCAUUUGAGUCUAAGUCAAUUGGGCACCCAUUGGCUAAGUAUGCUGCCCUUGUUAUGUCUGGAAAGUCACUUCAUGAUCUCGGUUUUGUGGAUGAGGUAAUUCCAAAACAUCUGUCAGUUAAAGAAGCUGUCCUUCCAUUUGAGGAGUUCCAAGGAUGUGAUGUGGUGUUAGGUCCUGAAUUGAAAAGCACUGGUGAAGUGAUGGGUAUAGAUUUCAAGUUUGCAACUGCAUUUGCCAAAGCCAGAUCACUGAUGAGCUGAAGCUUCCAAUGUCUGGUAUUGUGUUCCGCAGCCUAAAUGACUUGACAAAGCCCCAUCUUGAAAAGAUUGCAAAGGUCUUCUUAGGUCUAGGAUUCAACAUUGUCUCAACUUCCAGGACAGCCCAGUUUCUUGAACUUAAAGGUAUCCCAGUGGAAUGAGUGUUGAAGAUGCAUGAGGGUUGACCACGUGCGGGUGAUAUGGUUGCUAAUGGGGAGAUCCAGUUGAUGGUAAUCACAAGCUCUGGUGAUGCCCUUUAUUGGAUUGAUGGGAGAGAGAUGAGGAGAAUGGCUCUUGCAUACAAAGUUCCUGUAAUGACAACUGUGGAUGGAGCCUUAGCCACUGCAGAGGGAAUAAGAAGCUUGAAGUCAAGCACAAUUAAUAUGAUUACACUUCAAGACUUCUUUGAUGCUGAGAUAGAAAAAGGGGCUAGGGAAAACUUGCUGUCUGCUUCAUCUCAGUGAAUGUGAAUGGAGUUUGCACUAAAUUUGUUUUUCUCCCUUUCAUCUUAAACAUUUUUUUUUUCUUUUUCUUGAAUUUCUUCCUAGUAUCUUUUCACUACCUCUGUCAGAGACAUUUUUCAUCCAGUGAAAAAAGCUUGAUGGUAGCA